AUGCCAAAGUCAGAACCGCGGGCGGGCAUCCGCGCAAGCACCCGGAAGACCUCGAGUCGCAGUACCGCCGCUUCCGAACCACGAUGUUUCCAAAGACCGGAGCCCGUAAUGCGUUCUCCCCAGCAGCCUCUGCGGUCCCGUCGACACCCAUCCACGCUGCCACAGGUAUCUGGUUCUGAUUCUCGUAACCCUCCUUCUGCGCCAUCGCUGGAGGAUCACGAGGCAUGUUUGGCUACUGUCAAAACCCUAGAGCGGGAAAUUAAAGUGUUAGAGGGGGACAAGGAGACCCUGUUAGAGCGCCUUCAAAAGAUUAAAAGUGAGAAGCAGAAGCUGCUUUCUGAGCGGCAGGAAACUCAACAAUUGUACCAACAACUUUGGAGUCCUGCUAGUUUACUGGAAAAUGCGGAUCCUGCUGCCUUGAUAACUGCUCUACCAGCAACGACAGCGGUGCCGGAUAUAUAG